AUGAGUAAUUUAAAUAUACAAAAACACUUACCAUGUCAUGAUUAUCACAUGGGUUAGUGUCUCUUACCAAAGGCUUAAUGUCCUUACAGUCAUGAUGGAAAGUCUUGGGGUAUAUGUCCUAACAAAAACCAUUGCCCAACACCCCAUAAGUUAGUAGAUUGUCCUUUAUUCUUGAAUAAUUGCUGUCCAAGAGGUGAUAAUUGCUCUUACAGACAUAAGAAAACUGAUGAAAAUGGUCAAGAAAUAAAAGAGGAAUAAAUAGUUUAAGACAAAGCUUCAUCAGACGAAAUCUAGAUAUAAUAAGAUAGCGAGAAUACUGCAAAUAAGAAAUAAAUUAUUAAAGGAAUGACCUUAGAAGAUUUUAAAUCUUCUUUAGUAGAAUUAAACUAAGAUUUAAAAAUUAUAAUGCCAAUAAUUCAAUCAGAGAAGGAUCAAUCAAAAAAAUGGAAUUCCUCUUGUUCUUUAGAUUUAUGCUUCAUAGUAGAUAUUACAGGAUCUAUGAGUCCAUGGAUGAAUUAAGUUGUUCAAUAUGUAGGAAAUACCUUAAAAACUAUCUAUGAAGACUUUCCAGCUAUUGAUCUCAGAGUUGCUUUUUCAGGUUAUAGAGAUCAUUGUGAUUAACAUAAAUAUGUUACUUACGAUUUUACAAGAAAUGUUGAUAGUUUUAGAUCAUAAUUAGCUCAAGUUACCUGCUUAGGUGGUGGUGAUUGCCCAGAAGAUGUUACUGGUGGUUUACACAAUGCUUUAAAUUUUGAUUGGGGCUCAUCAGCUUAAUAAGCUGUUUUUAUUGCUGAUAGUCCUGCUCAUGGUGUAAAAUAUCAUGAAAAUAUAGCUGAUGAUUAUCCUAACGGAUGUCCUAAUGGAAGAAAGUUAGAAGAUCUUAUGAUUCAGUUUAGUUAGAAAAAAAUUGAUUUUACAGUAGUUGAAAUUAGUGGUAUGACAAAAAAAAUGUUUAGUAUAAUGACAUAGUGCUAUGGAUAGAAUUUAGUUAUCAAGAAUCUCUCAUCUGGUACAGCAAUUAAUGGUCCUACAUCCUUUUAGCAUGUGAUGCAUGAACAAAUAAAAUCCACUGUUACUGCUUCUCUAUCAAAGAGUGGAUUAAGUGGUGGUGGUGGCCCUCAAAUUUAAGUAUCAGGAAAAUCAGGUAAAGCUUUUAAGGCAAUUAUGGAAAGCAAGAAAUUCAAGAAAAACUUUUCAUGGAGUAGAUCCAAGGAAAAGUCUUCUAAAAUUGCAUCAACAAUUAUCCAAGAGCAAAUCUAAGAGCAACAAGUUUUAGAAGAAGAAGAGUAUGACUCAGAUGAUAGUGAAUAUGAAACUAAAUUGGAAUAGACAGCCUAGAAGUAGUUAAAGUAGGCUAUCAAAGAUAAAGCUAUUAGAAUUUAAAAAGAAAGGGAAGAAAGAUUAGAAAAAUUAAAACAAUCCUUCCCUUCACAUUAUUUUGAUACAGUUGAAUAGCAUGACCAAAAAAACAAAAAGAAAUAAAAAGAAAAAAUUUGUAAAGUUUAAUAUCAUAAUGGACCUUUCGAUUGGAAUAAAUUUGAAAGCUUCAAUGAUUAUCAAGCCAUUUGUUACUCUUUUGAAUUGGUUAAAAACUAUAAAGGAAACCAAGAAAUCAAUUGGAAGAAUCUUGAGAUUAAGACUUUCUAUUUGGGAACAAAAGUAAGAUUAAGCAACCUUGUCUUUUCAGAGGGUGCUAUGAGAUAUGCAUAUCAUGCUAAAGACUUGUAUCUCAAUUAAAAAAUGGUCGCCAAAUAAUACAAGAAGCCUGAAAAGUAGACUAAAAUAUCUAUUGAAGAAAUGAAGAGAGAUAUUAUUUCAUAAAUUGUUUGCAAGUAUAUUGUCAAGGAGUUCAAUAGUAAACUUGUUGAAAUUGAAAAAAGUGAAGCAUUAAUUUUAUAGUUUAUUGAUUGUUAUAUCUAUGAAACUACUCAUCCAUACAAUUCGAGUCCUCGUUACUACUUCGAAAAGUAUAUUGAUGGAACUUACGAAAAGUUUAACAAUAAUGCUGGUUAUGUUUCUCAAACUGAUAACUUAUACAGUCCUUUGGCCUAAGCACUUUCUCAUUUCUCUUGGUAAAUCAGUAAAGGUUAUCUUGCUAUUGUAGAUUUGUAAGGUAAUCAUGAAGGUAUUUUGACUGAUCCCCAAGUUCACUGCUUGGACUAAGAAAAAUUCGGGGAUGGUAAUUUGGGCUAUGAAGGUAUUUUGAGAUUCUUCUCAACUCAUGAAUGCAAUGAUUAUUGCAGAAAACUUUAGUUGAUUCAUCCUUUUGAAUAAAGCUAAAUCCCUCUAAAUAAUACAUUCUUCUUAGAAUUUAACAAUUCUGAUCAAAAUAGUAUAGCAGAUGACUCUUAAGCCUUGAUGAGUUAAUUAUGUGAUAUCUGUUAAAGUGCAAGCUCUUUUAGUAUAAAAUAAAUUAUCGAAUCUAAAAAGAAUAACACAAGAUUAGUAUGUUUUGGCUGUAUAGAAUAAAUAAAAAAAACUACUUUCUCAAAGAAGUGUGUUCAAUGCCCAUAAUAAUUAUAGUUUAGUACAUACGAAUGCAUUCAGUUAAGAAGAGAUGCCCCUCCUUUGUGCACUUCUUGCUAAUCUAAGCAAUGA